CCAAUUCAUGAUGAGCAUCUGUUCAUUGUUGUCCAUCAAGUUUAUGAAUUAUGGUUCAGACAAAUUUUAUAUGAAUUGGAUUCAGUCUGUGAAUUGCUAAAUAUCGAGGUAAAUGAAAGUCAAGCUGAUAUUGUUAUGAACUUACUCAACAGAAUUGUUAGAAUCCUGCAGCUUAUGGUUGAUCAAGUCAUGGUUUUAGAAACUAUGUCACCGCUGGACUUCAGGGCUUUUCGAGAUUACCUAGGUACUUCAUCGGGAUUCCAAAGUGUACAGUUUCGAUUACUAGAAAAUAAAUUAGGAAUUAAAAAGGAUAACAGAAUUCAAUACGCUGGAGUAGAUUACAAGGAGGUAUUCGAAGGAGACCAUCGUAAAGAGGUGGAAAAAUCAGAAAAUAAGCCGACCGUGCUGCAAUUAGUGGAUCAUUGGCUUUCUCGUACACCUGGUCUGGAAGAAAAUGGUUUUAAUUUUUGGCGUAGGUUUGCUUUCGCGGUUACCGAUUUUCUAAAUAGUUUAGAACAACAGACGAAGAAAUCAACCGAUCAGUCAUCGAAGGAGGAGCUGCUGAGAGAAAGAGAAAAGCUGUUUGACACAUUCGAAUCUAUUCUUGUAAGAGAGAAGCAUGAAGAACUUGUAAAUCAAGGUGUUCGCCGGUUAUCUUAUAAAGCAAUGCAGGGUGCACUGAUGAUAUCGCUUUACAGUGACGUUCCGCGAUUUAGCCAGCCAUAUCAGUUUUUACAACUGUUAAUGGAUCUAGAAUCACUAUUAACAAAAUGGCGAUAUAAUCAUGUACUAUUGGUUCAGCGAAUGAUCGGAAGUAAGGCUGGCACAGGCGGUUCUUCUGGCUAUCAGUACUUAAGAUCAACUGUCAGUGACCGUUAUAAGGUAUUCAAUGAUCUUUUUAACCUGUCAACGUUCUUGAUUCCUCGAGAGUAUAUUCCCCCAUUAACACGUAGUAUGGCUAAGCGACUAAGCGUUGGAAAUACGUUAAUGUGA